UCUCUUCAAGCCUGUCUUUCUCCAUCUGGCCAUUUGUGGGUAAGUUUCCAAGCUACCGUAUCUCCCCCUGCUGGCUGACAGGCCUCCGUGUCCACGGCUGCCCAGAUCCCAGGACAUGAAAGGGCUCGCUGAAAAGCUCAGGCAGGGUGACUGAAGAGGCACCAGUUUUAGGGGCCACGAGGAGCUUCCACAGGUUCCCAUGGGAGAGCUGGUUCUCGCAGGUCGAUGUCCUCUUCUCAUCUCCUAACAGGAACUGUCAUCGGUGGGUUUUUGAGCGAGCACUGAGACCCUUGUGGUGGUUUGACACAAGCCCAGAUCCUCUGUUUCAAAGAGAAGGCCCACCUUCAGAUGAGACCCAAGUUUGAAAGAGGAGCUUAAUCACCACGGUAACUUGUCUGUUGGUACCCCUGACCCCACGCACACACACAUACACGGUCCUCUAGUAAGAGGCCCCUUUGGACAGUGGAGGAUAAGAGCAUAACAGCAUGGAUUGAGCGCUGCAGCACAUCUAGACCUUCGGGAUCGUCUGGUGUUUCGAUUACAGAUGUUUGUGGUCGUCUCAUUCAAAAUGUCCUACUGAUAGGAGACAAUGCGUGCUGGAGGGCUUUCCAUAAAACAGAGCUCCUGCAGGGCUCUGACCUGUGACAUAAAAGAGCUGGACCUCAUACCUGGAAUGGAUCCGGAUGUGCCGCAGGUCAAGACAUAAGAGCACAUCAGAGCGAGUGGAGGAGGAAUAUACGGAAGACAGGAUGUGAUUUAGGAAGGACAGGGGCAUACACACACUCACAAGACACACACACACGAUGGUUCUCAUGAUGUUUCAGCUCUUCACAGCCCAAAGUCUUGCAAUGUCGUCAGCCCACUCAGUCUCACUCUCUCUGUGAGCGAACAAUGUUGCAAUGCAGUGAGUUUAGAGGGGAAGAAUGCGACAACAGAAUGGAAUCACGGGAGAAAUGAUUGCAUUUGAGACCACAAGGAAUGCACCAGAGACGGGCUGAAGCGGAGCAUUUGUUCACAGUGGUUAGGGAUGUCAAACAGUGGGCAGGCGCUGCUAUAGCUGCAGGGCUCUGACACCCAGACAGCAGGCUAGAAACAUGAAAUUCAGAGUUUAUUUUAAGAAAAAGCACUUCUGAGUUGAAAUGUAAAUUAAAACUAAAUAUUACAUCUGGGAUAAGGUUGAUUCGACGUCUUUGCACCUUGUGGGCUACGAGGAUGGGUGGCAGGGAGGAAUGCGGCGCACUAAGGAGUGUCCUGCAGAGAGGCCAAUGAGAAGCAGAGCGCUGGUGGCUCCUGGCCGGCAUAAAGAAGUCAACUUGGCAGUAAGGCUGAGAGUCAUGUGCCUCCAUUUAAAUGAGAAGGCAAGAAAGGAAAGAGAGACAGAGAAGGGGAGGGAGAGAAAUACAGGCUGAGCUAAGAGGCUGGGGACUCUGCCAAGCCGAGACACUUGAGGAAUGCAUCAGCAGCAGCAGCAGCUCUCGCUUCACAGUAAUACCAUUACAGUUAGUGCUAUCUGAGUCAGGAAAACAGCUAUUCUAGUCAAGUCAGCAAGUCUCAUAGCCAGUGUAAACAGAUCAAAGAAAUAGCAAAAAUUGAAUCCUAAGAAAGAAACUUGGAUUAUCUCCUGGCUGAGAUAUUCCAAGCAUAGAAGUAUUUUUCUUUUUGUGUGUUUAUCAAAAAAAGCAUGCAUCCACGUGUCUGCAGAUUGUUGGUACUCGCACCUAGCUGCAUGUCUGUCAUCCGAGUGUUUUAGACGCAUGUGAGCGUUGUCUUGUCUUGUCAACGUUUGUGGACUUGUGUGAGAGCGUGAGGCAUGUGGUGUGACUCCUCCAGCCCUGGCAGUUAGUUAAUAAACACAGGCCUGUCAACAGCUGCUGGUGAUGUAAUGUGGAACUUCUCCUCACUCUCCUUAUCCUCCCGCCCCACCCCGCCUCCCUAACUCCCUCCACCACCACCACCACCACUACCACCUUCCUCCCUUCUAUUUACAAGUCUUACUGGGUGUUGCUGCAGACUUCCAGCACUGGCAGCACAGAUAGUGUGUUUAAAAGUGUGUGUGUUUGCAUGGCUUCCCCCAGCAACACUUCCAGGGGAAUUUACGACAGCAUGUUUUCAGCUGCCAUCAAAGGAAAUUCCACAUCAUCAGGUUGUCUUCCUAACCAAAACACCUCUAAGAGUCUGGGAACUACAGAGCUGGCUACAAACCUGUUGAGUGGAGAGAAUCCGGCCUGUGCAGAGGCUUCCCAGGUGUGUGGAUCGCUGCAGGGCAGAGGCACCAUGAACAGACACCUGGAGAGGACAGAGCAGUUAAAGAGAUUGUCUCUAGACAGCGGCCUGCCGGAAUACAUGGACGCCAACAAAUGCAUUGACGAGCUUCUCAAACAACUUGAGGAGGAGCGCCGAAAUGUCCGAAGGGAAAAGCUGGCCGUGGCUCGCCUGCAGAGGGAAGUCGCACGGAGCAAGAGCGAAGGAACAAUGCGAGAAAAGCUGAUCCACGAGCUAGAGGAAGAGCGACGUUUGCGACUGGAGAGCGAGAAGCGUCUCCGGGAAGUGACAGAGGAGUCCGAGCUGGGACGGGCGCAGAUGGUUUCACUGCAGCACCAAUUCUCCAGGAUGGAAGAGACGGUGCGGUCGCUGCUGCAGAAUCAGGGCGUCCUGGAGCAGACUGCUGUGGACACGGUGGAGAUCAUGAAGGCCUACAAGGAUAAACUCUCAGAGGAAGUGCAGAAACGGCACGAUGGUCCCGAAGACAAUGGCUCCCCGCUGGCGACUCAAACGGAACCAGACACUGGGCUACCGCCGAACGCCGAUCCUGAUGCCAGCCAAGCAGAAGAGGACAAAGAUAAAACCAAGCCCCUUCUGGAGCGCCUCAAGGCCCUGGAGGAGAAGAAUUCUGCCUUGGCCUUGGAGAAUGAGAGCCAGAGGGAACAGUAUGAACGCUGUCUAGAUGAGGUUGCCAAUCAAGUUGUGCAGGCGCUUCUCACCCAGAAGGAUCUGAGAGAGGAAUGUCUGAAGCUGCGAACUCGAGUUUUCGACCUCGAGCAGCAGAAUCGGGCACUGGGUGUUUUGUUCCAGCAGCGGAUCAAGCCCGCCUCAGACAUGCUUCUCCAGAAACUCCACUCUCGUAUCAUGGAUUUAUCUGCGGCAGAUUUGCUUCUGGAGCCAGAGAGAAGCAAGGCUUUCUUGCUUUCUAGGAAUACUGACUCUCCUUUAAAUGAGGUUCAGGUGAAUGGAAAGGUGGGUCUCCCAGUGGCCAAGUGUCUGAGCCAGCUGAGUCUGACAGUGCCAGCGCCUGUAUACCCACGCAGCAGCUGUAGCAGUAGUGAGCUGUCCCUGUCAAGUGCUUGCAGUGAAUUCUCCAGCGGUUCAUACACCUGGAAUGAUGGACGCUCCUGUGGGAAAAUGUCAUCUCUGACCUGGGAGAAGAGGCUGAGUUUGGGUUCUUCAGCCCCUAGUAAUAUCUGUGCAUCCCUGGAGGAGCAGCAGCCCACAAGGCACAAGGAGAGCCACAUACUAGAGGGACUGAGAAAGCUCCAGAGGAGGAAACACAGGAGCUCUUCUUCUUCAUCCAAGGUCUCCAAGUCAGGCUACAAAGACUGCAUGAACUCCAAUGAGGGCAUCUACUCCCUGGGUAUCAAAAGUAGCAGUAAAGGGGUGUCCAAGCCUACCCUUGUGGGUAGAACUUUAGCUGUUGGGGGCAAGAAGUUCUCUUAUGAUUCUGAUGAUGCAGAUGAUGAAUUGGCACAUUCCAGUCGUGGAGAUAACAUCCCCACAAAGGACAGCUGGUUUUACUGCAAGAGGCUCUCCCACAGCAUCUCAGACAGUUUGUGUAGCUGGGAGGGGAACCAGGACAGUGGAGGUGGAGGUGAUGGUAGCUCAGGUCCCGUGGCUAUGAAACACCCUUCUGGCUAUGACUCAAAAGAGCGUCCUGAGAAACUCAUGAGUUUCAUUAACAGUUUUCUCCCUGAGGGUGGGCAAACAUCAGCUUUUACUAAACCAUCCAUACUGCACUUCAACCCUGUUGAUCCAGAGGGUCCUAAUCAUCUCUCUGAUGUGGAUGAUCCAGAGGAACUCAACUCUGAGUCCAGUGACAUCCGAAUGUCCUUUAGCCAGCCAUCAGUGCAAGCAGAGAGGGACUCCAAGAGACUGUCAAGAGAUGCUGCCAAGCUGCUCACACAACAGUGCUUGCGAAGAGAACAGGGACGCACCCAGUCUGCUGACGGGAGGCCCAGGCCUUUCAGCCUAAUUAAGGAGCCUAAAGGGUCCAAGUGUACUCAGUCCGAGGAGAGCAUAUUGGCGAUAUUUGAUGCAGAAGGAGAGCCUAUUGAACUUUGUGCUCAGAAGCUCACAGCAGGUGCUGGGCCUCAAAAUGACAUUCACGGUAGCAAGGUAUUCGAUUACACAGAACUAGUGCCCCAAGAGAGGCCAACAAGGCAAAAAUCAGCAAAUGCAAGAAACUACACUGUUCUUGAAUCCCCAGAGAAGCCAUCUGAAUAUCAAAUUAGGACUAGCAAAACAAGCAAUAGCAGGGAGGGUAGUGCAGAGAGGCUGUCAAUGCAGUUGACUCCACAAAGGAAACUAAUCAAACCACCAAGCAACCGACCAAAUAAAGGCCAUUCCAUCCCUCCCAUGAACGAUUCUGCUGAUCCCAAGUCCAGUGGUUCAAAGAUACCGGGUCGUAACAAACCUUCAGGUUCUCCACUGAGAUUGUCUAAGGGCUCCACCACUGAACCAAGUAACAGUGGAAACUCAGGACCCUCUGGUCAGGAGAAAUCCCCCUCCUCUCCUACAGUUAAAAUUUCCAGGUUCAUCAAGACACCUGGAACCUGCUCACAGAGCCCAAAGGCUGUAAACUCCAAGCUCCCAAGCAGGGCUGAAUGGAAUAAGAGCUCCUCCUCCAGCUCCCCACACCUCUCAAGGAGGCACCUGGAGUAUGCUGACAAUGGCGAACAGCCAACCCGAGACAAACACUGUGAAACCAGCAAAAAUAAACUCAGGUCCCCUUCUCCUCCCCCUCCCCCAGGCCGCACCACCUCCUUACUGAUCAGACCAAAUUAUGAAGGGUCGCCUCAAGCACAUAAAACAUGGGUGGCUCAACCAUCUGCACCAACCACUGUGAGGGGCCCUCCCCCAAGUUACCACACCUCACUUGUACCAAAUAUGCAAACUACGCUACCCAUCAAGGAUAAAGACUGUUUAGACUUAGAUGCAGGCUAUGGGACUGCACCUCAGAAACUGGUUGACAAAUCCAGUCAGCACCUUCAAAAGUCCCCCACCAUGACUCAGACACCUACUAAAGUCACUUCCACAAGGACCACGAAAGACUACCUCCCUCCUGCAAACUCAGGGUGUGCUCCAGAAAGUGAAAAUGCACCUAAAAGCUCAAAGAAUGUCCCUCCUCCCUACAGUGCCCUCAGAGGGUCAUCACUUCAAAACUCAUUUGCAAAUAAAAGAGGAUCAACCCUUGAAAAUGUCCAUCAGACAGUGCAGAAGACCUCUGUUAGUUUACCUAUAUCGCUUCAGGACACCCCUCAAGGUAAAACAGAACCACAAAAUGGUAAAGCUGUAGUCAGCCCACCCAGCUCGGUCAUGCUUUCCCCUAACCCAGCGGAAAAAGCCUCAAAGACCCGCAUCCCAAUGGGGUUUAAAGCAUUUUUAAAAUCUCCCCCCAGCCAUAAAAAUAGUCCCUCUAUACCAGGCAAGCAAGAGAAAGAUCAUAUCAACUCAGUCUCCAAGGAGACUGUGACUUCAAAUGCUUCUACCCAGUGUGACAGCUUGCAGCCAGUGUACAGUAUUGAUUCACCACCCAAAAUGUCCAUUACAGAGGGGAAAGGUGAGGUCCAGUGUAGGUUACUGGAAGAGGAAGUACACGCUGCUAUGUUACCAGAGGAGGGGGACAUUUGUGAUACAGGGAAAAGGAGUAGUCAACAUUUCUCUAGAUCCAUAUCUGUUACUACCAAACCUCAUCUAAAGCCGGCCUUGGGGAUGACUGGGGCCAAAGCCCGUAGCCAGAGUUUCAGCACAAACUACAUUGAGAAACCCAACAUCAAUGUUCUAGAUGGACAGGGAAAAAUCCGAACUCAGAUCAUCACCAACUCAGGUGAAAGGGGGAACUCUUUAUCAAGACAGAGUUCCUUGGAGGUACCCAGUGUUGGGUUAGCUGAGAGCCCAGUCCAUUCCCCCAGGAAAAGGCUUAGCCACUAUGGAGGCAUGACAGGGUCAAAUAGUCACAACGUCAUCCCUGAGAGAACUUGUAAAUCAGGCUCCAAAGGUAAGGGGUCACAGGGCACAGUGUAUGGGGAGGCAUUCACCUCACCUUCUCAAAAAGAGGUGCGUAGCUUACCCAUCAGUGAUAGGAUUGGUUUGAAAAACAUCCGUAGGCCAGAAAAAGUUGCCUCUCAUCCACAGUUUCAGCCUCCAUCCUCUUGUGUCUAUAAUUCAGUAAACCCAGUGAGAGAGACAGGAAGCAUAGCAACCAUUCCUAAUGAGCCAGACUUCAGCAGGGAAGCCAAAACCCAGACAGACUCACCAAGCAAAGCCCCAGAUAUGGAGGAGAAAAAAAUCAGCCCAACAGUCUGCACUAUUGAAGAGAAAGUCAUGAUGGGAAUCGAAGAGAAUGUGCAGAAAUGUCAAGAACAGGAGAAGGUCACUGCCAACGAGACCAAACAGAAAACGGGCCCCUCUCUGGCAAACUGGUUCGGCCUCCGUAAGAGCAAACUUCCAGCUCUGAGUGGUAAGAAAGCAGACUCCCACAAGGGAAAAGAGGAGAAGAAAGAGUUGAAGAUCGGAUCAGUGCUUGGAGGCAAACAGAUGAAGUCUGACAAGAAGAAGGAUAAGAAGAAAAAUGAAAACCAGCAGAAAGACAGUCAGGAGGUGCAGAAUCUGUCUGAGAUUAACAACAAGCUGAGCUCCAUCAUGGACCAUUGCAACAAUCAGAUGGGUCAAAUUGCCAGUCAGAUCCAGUGUACGACAGCCUUUAUCGGCAAAGACCAGUUUGUGAAAGAGCUUCUUGGCAGGACUGCUGUGAAGGGCAACUCUGUGGCUGCAUCACCGGCUGGGAUCUCUACACCCAAGAAACAGAGCGAAAUGAAGGGAGAUGUGGAGAUCUGUCCAGAUACUGCUACUCUUAUAAUGACUCAGAAGAUCAACCUGAGGGCUGAAAAUGAGGAGGGACGCAUCUCAGACACAGCUUGUCAAGACCACAUGAUAGGCUCCGGCUGUCAGAUGAGAACCCUGGACAGCGGGAUCGGCACCUUCCCUCUCCCUGAUUCCGUCACCCGGGCCAGCGGUCGCCACAUUCCUAAAUCUGAAUCCAGCCCCAAUGGGGUGACCGCCGGCUCCUCUGAGCUCCAUCGGGAGCCUCCCUCUUCUCACCCAGACCCCUCACAACCUGAUGUGAAAGUGCCUUUCCUCCCAAAAACCUGCCUGCAUGCCCCUUCCAGCAUGGGUCACUCCCUGUCCGACCCCACUGUGACCUGCAGCAACAACGCACAAGACACCCAGAGCCGCCUGCCCAAAUUAGCAACUUCAGAUGCAAUUAGGACAAAGAGGUUGAGUCUUGGUGCCGCACGUAGCAACAUCUCCACAGAAGACAAAGAGAAAGAAACAGAGAGGAAGAUGAAAACCAAGGACCAUGAUAUGCCCGGUGAAAGAGCCCUGCAAGUGUGCACAUACUCGGGGAGCAGCAGCGACACCGAGACUGAACCCGAAGGAACCGGAAGCACUUUGGGCUCACCACAGAGGACCCUGAUCAACAGAGCUAAGCAGAGUGACUCAGCUGACCAGAAUGAGGAGACUCUGAAGAGAAGCAGUGUGGAGAAAUCCUUGUCAAUCAUGGACUACUACCAACACGAUGUAUUUUCACAUCUGGAGAAGGACAGCAGGAGGAUUUCCCAGUACAACUUGUUGCACAAAGAAUCAUCCCUUGAUGACAAAGCAGGAGACAGGCUCAGUAAGGAGAUUCCCAUGGAGAAGACGCCCUCCAGUGCAAACCAGCCGGGCACUCUCGACAUCUCUUUGGAGUCCCUGAACAAGUUGAAUCACAGCAGCUCCAGCAGCAGCAGCCUGUAUCCGGAAGCAGGCCUGGGCAGCCACAGAGGUGACUGCCACGCCGACGCGGGGAAGAGCGGGGGGGACUGCUGCAAGGUGGACGAGCCCUCCUCCUCCAGCUUCUCCAGCAAGCCUGGGGCAGAUCCUGUGGGCUCCCUCAGCGACUCGCUGUACGACAGCUUCUCCUCCUGCACCAGUCAGGGCUCCAACGACGUGUAGGGGCAACGAGUAAGAAGACAGGGCUGUUAGUGCUAGAGUCCAGUCUAUGUCUCGAGUCUCAAGUUUUCAGACCACUCCUCUGACAUCUUGGACAUGUCAAGUUUGUGGCCAUAAUCAACUUUUCAUUUCAUUUUCAAAUUCUCUUCUUCUUUUGUUUGGAUGUUGAAGGGUCCAGUAGACCCAUGGAGUGGAUUUCCAGGUAAAUUUUCAUCUCUGUUGAACCUUAAGAACCCCUCUGAGCAUUAAUUUUUUGCAUUUGCAAGUAAAAAAAUACUCAAUAGGACUUUUUGGUUUGUUCUGGAUUUGGUCUCAACCCCCUUUGGAUCUGGUCUUUUUUUCAAGCUCGACUUUCACCUAAUCUUGGAAAUGACUCAGACUGGACUAACGUGGUCCUGACUACAGCCCUGCCACAACACGUGUAGCCCUGUCCUUGCUACAUACAACACAAAGCACUUAGUGGAGCUGGAGACACGAGGACAAUACCUCAACCCAAACACCAAACCAGGACUUUGAAUAGUUUGACUCUGGGUGUGGUGGACUGGACAGCAAUACACAACGUUGUCUCAUUGCAAUUUUUAGUUAUCCUUUUCCCCAUGCUGGGGAACUUCUUAUCAUUGCACUGUAACAAUUACUGUACAAAGUUUGUAAGGAGUGUAAAGUGAAUGAUUAUUCCAGACGUUGAGCAGUAGGGCGUCUUCUGGGAGCAAUGCUGAUGGGCAACAUUGGUGUGUAGUUGCACCAAAAUUCUUGCUUUGAUUGCAAUCCUGUUUGCUAGGAAACUAAAUUUAAACCUAAGGCGUCAUUUUAUGUUUGCUGCUAAGUACGUUGCCCACUGAAGUUGCCCAAAAAUUGCCCAUAUGGAAUCACAACCCAAACCAUAAUAAUAAUACCCCUGGUUCAUGUUUGUCAUGUAAAAGUACAAUAUCACAACAGGAUUUAAAUUUUCUUUCAUUUCUGUUCAUUUUAAAUGAUUUUAAAGGUAAAACCUGUUGCAAAUAUUGUCUUUGUGUGUUAUUUUGAGCAGUUAUGCAGAUAAUAGCAAACAAAACCGAAAAUUAUGAAAAAUGAUCACCAUUCAUCUAACAAAACUCAUUUUUAGCAGCAGAUUAUCUAAUGAUGUCAACUGAAGCAAAGCAUAUUAUGUUUCCACGUGGUACAUGAACUAAUAAGAUGAUUUUUCAGUGUCUGACUGGUACACAGGUGCAGCAAACGACCAACUUGUUUAGCUUGAACGCACACAGUGUCAUUGUUGGUAGCUCAGGGAACAUACUGGACUAAUGUAGAUUGUAAGAAUUAUAAUGCAGCCAUCAGGAAAUUGUUGACAAAUACAAAUAACACUCAGUUAACCUUUUCUUUUUUUGAGUUCCUGAUGCAAAACUCCAAACAUACUCUCAUGUAGCGUGGCAUACCUGAACUUUCCAAACCUCAGUUUUCCUUUCAUAGUUGUAUAUUAUGUUGUAUAUAGAAACUGCUAUAAGUUAAUAUCAGAAUGGGCAUUGCUGAUUGAUAUAUGCAAAUGAGAAAAAAAAAGAUGUAAAUUGUUUGCCAAUCAUUCAACCAAGGUUUUAAGUCUGCUGUUUGAAAAUGGCAUGUAUCUUUGCUUAAGGAAUUCUUUAGGGGUUCUUGUUUUUAAAAAAACAACAACUUUAUUUUGAUCAAUAAGAGCUAAUACUAAAAUAUUUUAUCACUUUAUUUUAAAGACGUAUUUGAACUUUAGGUGAAGUUAUGCCAAAUCUAUCUGGAAUUUGACCAGCUGGUGCUAAUCAACAGAGCCGACUGUGUGUUUCAAUUUUUCUAUGAAACUGUUAAUAUUGUAUGAAGAGAGUCUGAAGAGGACUUGUGUAUUUUUCUAGAUGUCCAGUAUUUAUACCCACAUUUUGUACUGUCAGACUGUAGUGUGAUUGUCAUGCUUCACCUCUCUCCUUAAAUGUUCCUGGUUCCUUUGUAAAGAGAAAUGGUUACCAGCAGUGUUACUUUGGUAAUUAUUAAUGUUAUUGUUAUUAUUAUUAUUAUUGUUAUUACUGUGUGCAAUUUUGUCUGUUACACCAGACUUUAAUGCUAUAUUUUAUGUUACUAUUUCCUAAAUAAAUACGAAAAACUAUUUCCUAUUUCAAACUGA